GGGCGGGGGCGGGGUCCCGGGGCCGAGGCGACAGCGCUUUAAUUAAAACGGAAAUUGCGGCCCCUGCCCGCGCCGGGGGCCGCAGGGUUCCAAGCUGCCUGGUAGCUGGGAGCGUGGCUCCAGGACCCCCUCCAUCCCCGCUUCACCCGGCCAGCCCCCUCCCUCCAGGACCUGCCGGACCUGGCGCUGUCUUCAUCUCCCAAGUACCCGCGGUCGCAUCGGGCGGGGAUCAGUACCCCAGAGCGCAAAGCCUGACGCGUCCCCCCUCUUUCACCCCCUCCCCCCAACCUCCCACCACCCAGCCUUGGGCGGCGAUGAGACAGAGCGGCGCCUCCCAGCCCCUGCUGAUCAACAUGUACCUGCCAGAUCCGGUCGGAGAAGGUCUCUUCAAGGAGGGGAAGAGCCCGGGGUGGGGGCCGCUGAGCCCUGCGGUACAAAAAGGUAGUGGGCAGAUCCAGCUGUGGCAGUUUUUGCUGGAGCUGCUGGCGGACCGUGCCAACGCAGGCUGCAUCGCGUGGGAGGGUGGCCACGGCGAGUUCAAGCUCACGGACCCCGACGAGGUGGCGCGGCGCUGGGGCGAGCGCAAGAGCAAGCCCAACAUGAACUACGACAAGCUGAGCCGCGCGCUGCGCUACUACUACGACAAGAACAUCAUGACCAAGGUGCAUGGGAAGCGCUACGCCUACAAGUUCGACUUCCACGGCAUCGCCCAGGCCCUCCAGCCCCACCCCCCGGAGUCCUCUCUCUACAAGUACCCCUCGGACCUCCCGUACAUGGGCUCCUACCACGCCCACCCACAGAAGAUGAACUUUGUGGCGCCCCACCCCCCAGCCCUCCCCGUGACCUCGUCCAGUUUCUUUGCGGCCCCGAACCCGUACUGGAAUUCCCCGACUGGAGGCGAGGCCUCUCCCAGACGCCCCGGCCCGCGCUCAGUCCCAUCUGCGUCCUGGGGAGGAGUCCCCACGCCUUCCCACCGUUCCUUUGACUUCAGAUUUGACUCCAUUCGCCGCACCCAGCCCCGGGGGAAAGGAUCUGAAACCGUCUCAAUCUUCCUUUAA